UAGUUACUCACUUCGAUCAGUGGCGAGUAGACGUGUUUUUCACAGAGCAACAAAAAUCUCAAAUAUCACUAUGAAAAGAGAAAGAUCUUCCGAAAGAAAGAGCAAGAGUGUGUCUAAGAGGCGCCGUGUAGAGGCCUCUUCAGAUGACAGUCGUCAGUGGUACGAGGUGAUGCUUGCCCUGGCGGCCAAAUUAGCUCGUGAAUUGACCAGUGCCAUCAACAAGUCUGAGGAGCGUAGAGAGCUUCCUACCAUACCACAACCUACGCACCAGAUUGAGUGGCUGGCUAGAGUCAAUUUUAAGCACAGACCAGUGCGCCGUGACGUACCAGAACAGAGACGUCACAAAGUCUCCAAGAAACAGGACUUGAAUUCUUCCUUUUACGUUCAUUGAAGAAGAGAAUGAUUUUGGUUAUGUCUGCAUGGUCGCAAAUGGUUUGCUAACGUCAGACACCGAAUGACCUCCACAACCGUCUCUGUACCAUGUGGGCUGGACAUUUUAUGCUGCACACCCCUUAUGUUUUGCAUUCUGGGGCCGUUGCAUCUGUUACUGAACUUUAGUGUUAAA